AUGCCGCCCCAUUUGGUGCCCUGCCCGUUCUGUGACCGGCUGUUCUCCAGAUUUUCGAUCGGCGUCCAUCAACCUCAGUGCAAACAGAAUCCGUACAGAAUGGCCAUUGUGAGUUUCCAGGCGCCAUAAUUUUUAUUUUUAUUGCAAUUUUUAUUUUUUUAAAACUUAAAAUUUGACCGUAUUCCAGUUGAAGGAACAGACCACAAAGCUGAACAACAAAAACAAAAGAGUUCCACCAGCGAAACGACGGAGUAAAAGCGUGGGAAACACAGCAUCGGCGCCUGCCAAGUUACGAAACGCUACGAAUGACGAAAGACCCUCCACAAUGACUAUCAAGUCGAGAAGGAAAAACGAAGGUAAACUUAGAGACUUGGCCUUCUUUUAAUGGUUCCAAAAUUUGAAUGCAAAGAUGAAACUAGAAAUUUUUUUCGCAAAAUCUGCAGGCCAUAAGAUGCAUACCAGUUCUUAGAAAGCCUGGAUCAAAAAAUUUUGGCAAUGGAAACUAGUCCAAGGCGAAAUAAUUUUUCAAAACAUAAAAAAAUCAGCUGGUCUUACCUUGAGAUCAGUUUUUUUACAUAAAUUGAAGCUCUUGACAUCUAUUUGCCCUAACCUCCAUGUUCUCCUUUUCAGUCCCUAGCGAACUUCCUCCAAUCCCAUCACAAGGCAGAAUUUGUUUUGUUUGCGGUGAGAGAAUUGAAUCCGAGCCUCUGCUUGACCAUGAAAUUGAAUGUGAAGCCAUAUGGAGGACCAAUCGCCGCGACAUCCCCGCUUACAUCCAAGUCCGCUCACCCAAGAAGAUGAGAAUUCCAAGUGUCGAUGGGACCUUCGAUGAGGCUCGUAUUGAUUGGUAUGCCGCAAAAAGUGCCGAGAAGGCAAGAAAGGUUCGAUGUCUGAAGUGUGGCCGGAUCGAAAUGUUCGAUGACGCUCCUGAGCAUCAAUGUGCAAGAUUCGAGCCAACGGUUCAAUUCUAUUUUUAA